CAUUUAAUUUAGAUCUCAACAGGAAAAAGAAAGAGAAGAGAAUAGAGGAUGGAAAUGAGGACACAAGAGGAGCUUCAUGGCAUUGUGAUAAUUGGUGGAGGCAUUUCUGGGCUUGCCACUGCACUUGGCCUGCACAAGAAGGGCAUGAAGAGUGUAGUUUUGGAGAGAUCUGAAACCCUAAGAAACACGGGAGCUGCUAUUGCUUUCUUCCACAACGGUUGGCACGCCUUCGAUCAUCUUGGGGUGGGAGAUCAGCUGCGCGCAAAAUCUACGCUUAUCACAGAGAUGCAUACUAAAUGGGUACACAAGGAUGGGACAGGAGACGUAAUACCAAUCGGCGAAGAAGGGCUUCGAUGCGUGAAAAGAAGUGAUAUCGUCGACGCCUUGGCUGACAGUCUGCCUUCUGAGUCGAUCCGAUUUGGGUGUCGAAUUGUAGCAGUUGAAACCGAUCCCGUUACCUCCUUUCACGCUGUCCAUCUUGAAGAUGGCAGCGUUAUGAGAACAAAGGUUCUGAUAGGAUGUGAUGGCUCAAACUCGGUCGUCGCAAAAACGCUAGGACUAAAGCCACCAAACCUCUUCCGAACACAAGUGGCUCAAGCCGUUACAAGUUAUCCAAAUGGACACGGCCUCUCCAAUCAUUUCCUAUAUCUAUGGGGAGACAAACUGCUACUUGGGAGAGUUCCUAUUGACGAAAAGACAGUGUACUGGUUUGUCGUGCAGGAAGUCAACCCAAAAGAUUUUGAAAGCAAAGAAGAUUCGAGAGUCGUCAGAGACCUAACAGUAGAAGCACUCAAAGAUUGCCCUGCAGAGGUGGUUGAAAUGGUGAAGCGCUGUCGCUUUCCCUACAUCGAAUCAGAUAUCAUGGACAAUGACUGUGGCUGGGGAUGCUACACACUCGCUGGAUCCGGCACUAUCCAAGGAGCCGGUACUGCUCUUGAAGAUGCAGUGGUGCUCGCCAGAUGCUUGUCUCAAGAAAUGCCAAUCGGUCUGUCAGAAAGCAAAAUGAGCGAUCAAGAGAUACAGAUCAGAGCUGGAGUGGCGUUGAGAAGAUACGCAAGAGAAAGACGAUGGCGGAUUCUGCUAUUAUCAGCUAAAUCUUACCUCUUAGGGUCCAUCCUUUGUGCUUCAUGGCCUAAGAGGUUCGUAUUCCUCAUCAUUUUCUCUAAAAUCUUGGGUGGCAAGUUCAGCCACACAAAGUAUGACUGCGGCCAUCUUUAGAAAUUGUAGGAGCUUGUUUAUUGAAUAAAGUACAUGGGUAUGUACAUGAGUUGGAGUCUCUUAUGUAAGGGCACAGUGAAUAAAUCAAAACUUCUUAGUUGUUGAAGUCA